GGUGGCAUAGUAACCAUGGCAACCUUUUGACAACAAAAGUUUUACAACAGAAUGUAAGUCAAUGACGGAAAUACAAUCAUUGUAUUUUAAGAUUUGUGCAGGAUUAUAAAAAAAUACCAAUAAGACAUGUUUACCUUUAUUCUCAAUAUGUAAUAAUUAGUUAAAUAUGAAAGUGCAAGAUUCGAGUUUAUUAUCUAAUGGCCGAGUUGCAUUUAUUAGGACAGUUACAAGGCACCACAAACUUUUUGGGAGAUUUUUCAUUAUUCUGUAGAUAUUCUUUUCAAGCCGGUCCAAAUUGGACACUCGUGUCUGGAUGCCCUGAAGGUCAGACAGUCUCAGGAAAAUCUGAUCAUUCUCAGAAGGUUGUGUGGGCCCAUCCUAUUGACAUCCAUUACGUAACAAAAGGAAUACAAGGUUGGCCAAAAAUAAUUUUGCAAGUAAGCUGUUUAGACAAUAUUGGUCGUUCAUGGGUGGUGGGAUAUGGCUGCACCUCGCUGCCGUCUGCGCCGGGUCACCAUACUAUAACAAUACCAUGUUGGGCACCCGCAGCAAGCACAUUCACCGAUAGAAUUCGGCACUACUUUCUUGGAGGAUCGUCACAACUUCUUGAAACUGAUAUUAUUAAUUUAGGCAGUGAUAGGUAUAAACUCAAAACCAAAUCAAAAGGACUCGUAACGCUACAUAUUGAUGUUAUUCUUAGAAAUUUCUCUUCAUUUGGCGUAGAGUAUAAAUAACAACAUGAGAGUUCUAGUAUAUUUUGGUUUUACCCUUUUGUCCAUACUCAUACAAUUCUGCGUCAUGGAUUUUAUUCAAGAUCAAUUACAAGAGACAGAAUCACUAGAUCAUAAUGUAGCUAACUCAGAGGAAAAUGAUGAUAUUAAACAUAUUCAUAGUGAUAAACUUAGGAAAUCAACGAAAGCGAACUUUGAGUUAAAGAAACCUAUCUACAGAAACACUUCAAGGUUUAUUCUUCCACCGAGUACAACAAUGACAAGCACGGUAUUAGAUAUAUUUUACGAUGAAAA